AUGGCGGUAAAUCGCACCGCCGACUUCGCGCUGCUGUGCCAGCACUUUUCAGAUGCAAAGGGUGCUACUGCAUUACAGAAACCAGCACACACGCCGUUUCAGGAAAAUGCACAGUUUAAUGCUGCAGCUUCAGACAUUUCAAAGGAAGUUUAUCAAGCUUCAAAGCGAUUACAGCAACUAACACAAUUGGUGCGGCAGAAUAAUAUGUUUAACGACCCGACUGAUGCCAUUAAUGAGCUUGCGGCGCUCGUAAAGAAGGACAUUACGGACAUCAAUAUGCAGCUGGACAACCUACAGGAGUAUAUUGAUAGCAAGCGGCAGUCGGCGACAUCGAGACAAGCCGCACGGCACUCAGACGCAGUUGUCUCUUUGAUGAAAUCGAACCUAAUGGCUACAACAAAAGGCUUCAAAGACAUAUUGGAAGUUAGGCAAGAAAAUAUGAAGUUACAACAGAGUCGACGCGCAAGAUAUGGCAAGACGGCGUCCCGUGCAUUGGGCAAGCCCCUAGCUUUCAAGGCUCCAAAGCCCCCGAGGAGUAACAGCAGCCAUACUGAUAGUGAGCAAGAAGUAAAUUUGUUCAACACAUUACCGAGGCCAGGGUUGAAUAUGGCUGACACCAAACAGACUGAAAUUCAACCUCUAAUCACCACGAUGACACAGGAGCAACUCGUUGCAGAACAACAAAACUAUGCAGAGUCAAGAGCGGGAGCGGUAUCCCAAAUUGAGAGUCACAUCGUAGACAUCGGACAGCUUUUUGGACGCUUGUCAACCUUAAUACAUGAGCAGGGAGAUCUUGUGAGGAGGUGA